AUGGGUGAACUAGACGAAUUGGUAACUACUUUACUCGGUACCUUUACCAGUGGUAUAAGACUUCUCAGAGCUCGUCGCAAGAGACAGAAAAACAGCAGUGGAAAGAUUGAUCAUGAUAAAUGCGAAGAAACCCUUCUCAUAAGGUCAUUCAAACAAUCCAGAUCAGAUAUCCGAGAGGCAUACACAAGGGAAUCGAUCAAAUCUGGUCCCAAAUUCUCCGAAGGUGAUGCGAAAGCGCGCUCUUCAAUAUCCACCAUAUUAUCUCGAUUAAACAGUGCUUUCACCUCCGCGGUCGUAUUGUUCUCUCGCGGCAAAGUCAAGCCUGCCGAUCAAGAACUCUUCAUAAAACUCUCCAACAAAUCACGCGCCGAAACACUCAACGCCCUCGAUAAUCUCUCCAAGCGCAUAUCAAAAUCUUCCUCCUCAUCCCUCGUAUCCCGUGAUACCGCAACCCGAAGUAAACCCCAUCAUCGAAAACGACAUCAAACUCACCAUCCCCCUCCCCCCAUCCCCACCCAACCCACCGCUCUAGGACCAGCCACAAAAAAUGGCUGGAUCCGGCCCAAACCUACCAAAAAAGAACCGCCGAAAUCCAAGACGACCCAAACUGGGAAAUCAACGCUCAGGAAAUCAACACGUAAAAAGAAGCCCGCGUCUUCACAACCCUUCACGCGACGAGAAGACCAAGAAACACUCCCCAAACCCGCAGCGGAAAAUCGAAAAUCAGGCUUCUCGUUUGCGUCGGAUAGCACGAAACUCGGCGAAAUCCCCUCAUCCCGAAUCGCGAGACUGCUACCUGAUGCGGAUGCUUCAUCGCACGAUCACAAUCCUCGAUACUAUCCCAUCGCGGUCGCGUUUCCGUUGGCGCCAUAUCAGCCCGCGCCUCGAAAACGACGGUUUGGUGUGCGAAAACUUUGGAAAAGGAGAUUGGGUGGGGAUGGGGGCGGCUUUGGUGAUGGGAGUGGGGGUGAGUGGUAG